CUUCCGAGUCGCGGUUACCCUGGCUGAAGUGACGGCGCUUUGGGUCCACAGUUCAAAAUAUGUUAUCGAGAAAGAGCAAGGAUUCGAGGAGUGUCAAAGAAGGGGUCGUCGGAAAAUAUGUCAAAAAAGACACACCACCGGAAAUGCCGAUUAUUAAUGUAUGGACUACGGAACCGGUAAAAAAGCCUGUACGGCGUGCUGGGUUCAAACCGGACAAUACUAUCGCAUUAAGACAAUCUCAGGUAUCUAGUAACACUACUUCUGAAAUGUUUGGAGUGCACCGUAAAACAUCCCAACCUGCUCCUGCUGUUUUAGGCCACGAAGGAAAAUACACUCCAAGUACUUCAGUUCCUGAUCUUGCACAAAGAUUUGCAAGUAUAUCUGUUGCCAAUAGUGAUGGUCCUGCUUGUAUUGCCCAGCCACCUUUAUAUACCACACCGUCUUCCAGUCUUUUGACAAACAUGAACAACCCUUACAACUAUCCUUAUACAGAUUCCCAAUUCAACUUGAACAAAUCUCAGGCUGAUAUACCCCAUGCAAUGAGAGCAAGAAACGACUAUCCAGGCAAUUUACGAUACAGCCAAACUACAUCUUAUGAUUAUUCUUUUGCACCAUUCCAACAAAUGUACCGACCCCAAUUAGUUCAAUGUCUGCCUCCCCCGUCACGCCACUCUCAACAUAACUUAGCUGCCGCCCAGUCAGUAAUGGAAUCGGAUAAGCCACCAGACCCAACAAACUUACAGCAUGUUAACUAUUUACCAGAUAAUCUAAUGCUUCAAAAUCAGGCGAUAUCACCACUCGAAAGAGAAACAGGUGAACUCCCUUUACCUCCCGGAUGGACUGUAGAUUUCACUUUAAGAGGCCGGAAGUAUUAUAUUGAUCACAACACAAAAACAACUCAUUGGAGCCACCCUUUGGAAAAGGAAGGCUUGCCAACUGGAUGGGAAAGAAUAGAAAGCCCAGAGUAUGGAGUUUAUUAUGUAAACCAUAUAACGCGAGCUGCUCAGUAUGAACAUCCAUGUUCACAAUAUAUUUAUCAACCUGAAAUGAGAGUUCAGAUGGAAUUGGGCCCUUCGCCACCCAAUCCUCCAAGGCAUACCCACUUCCAUCCGCACAGUGCUUUGGUACCAGCCAAUCCAUAUUUAAAUCAAGAAAUUCCUCGGUGGCUGGAAGUUUAUAGUAGAGCAUCUCAACAACUUGAUUACAAGCUUAAAUGGGAGCUGUUUAGGCUUCCGGAACUGGAUUGUUUCAAUGCCAUGUUGACCCGUUUAUAUAAACACCAACUAGAAGAGAUCGUUAUGAGGUAUGAAGCGUAUAGGUCAGCUCUACUCUGCGAAAUUGACUGCAGAUUGAGAUCACUGAGCAGAGGUCGAAUCGUAAGUGGGCCGAGAGUCGGUGGACGAAUAGUCAGUGGCCCUCCACCUCACAUUUCCAACUUUUCGCCUUACACGUCAAGGCCGAAUAUUCUGGAACGGCAUAAAGAUAAAACACUCCCUCAUCAAUCUGAGACGAAUAUUUAAUAUUUUAAUUGAAACUUUAAAGUUGUAAAGGAUCAGUAUUUUAUUCAGCAGAAGUAUUUUGUUUAUAAUUUUUUUUUAAUGUUGUGUACAAUUUGUCCAUAAAGGUGUAUUAUUUUUGCUUUAAAGUUAACAUUUGUUGUACUAUUUUAUAGUUUUAUUUUUAUUGACAUAUUACCAGUUUUUCGCUACUAUCAAAACUGUUUAUUAUGUCUGUUUUUAAAGUGAUGCUUUUAAAAAAAAUUGGCCGAAACACUUUGGCAAGCAUUGUUAUAUUUUUUUCCUUACUAUCACUGCAGUUUUACUUUCAGUUUAAUAAGUUCAAUCAAAAUUUAACUUGAGAACUAGAAAUAAUAAAAGCUGUGAUUUAAUACACAAAUUGAAUACAGUGCCUUUUGACAAUAUUAAAGAUAAUUUAUCAUGAAACUUAAUAAUAAAUAAUUAAGCGAGGCUCGAUAAUUAGCCAAAUUAAAUGUUUAAGGAUAAACAUGUGAUAUGUUAUUAUAAAUUCUUAUUAUAUUUUGUGAUGUGUUAAUGUAUGUAAAUAUUUUAA